AUGGUGGGCUGUGGAGCUUUGGGGUGCGAGUUCCUCAAGAAUUUCGCCUUGAACGGAGUGUGCUGUGGUCCUAAUGGUUUGUUAACAGUCACAGAUGCAGAUCGCAUUGAGCUGUCCAACUUGACCAGACAGUUUCUAUUCCGCGAGCACAACGUGGGGCAGCCGAAGAGCAAAGCCGCCAGCGCCAUGGCACAGCAGAUGAACCCCGCCAUGCAGGUGCGGGCGCUGGAGAUGUUCGUGGGGCCCAAGACCGAGGAUUCUUUCAACGAUGACUUCUGGCUUUCUCUUGAUGGCAUUUGUAACGCUCUGGACAACAUGGAGGCCCGUUUCUAUGUGGACGACCAGUGUGUGAAGUACGAGAGACCGCUGUUGGAAAGCGGUACCAUGGGGCCAGCUGGAAAUGUGGAUCCAGUAGUCCCAUUCAAGACGCACACGUACCGAGAUGGUGGCCAGGCUGAUGAAGGUGGUGGCAUUCCUAUGUGUACCUUGCGAAACUUUCCUCACUUGCCGGAUCACUGCAUUGAAUGGGCCCGUGAUCAAUUUGAGCUCUUCUUCGUGAAAUCCGUCAAGCAACUGAAGAAAUUUCACGAGGAUCCCGCUACCUUUAUUUCAGAAAUUGGAUCCAGCACGGACAUGACGCAGUCCAUUUUCGAGGUGAGGGGGCUGCUGUCGCUGCUGAACGCAGCGUCACGUCCGAGCGUGGAAAGCGCUGGGCAAACCGCCUUUGAUUUCUUUCACCUCCUCUUUCGGGACAAGAUCUUGGAUCUGACCGCGGCCUUUCCAGCUGAUGCUCGAAUCAUCGACCCAGAUACGAAGCAGGACAAAGGUCUCUUUUGGUCUGGACACAAGAGGUUUCCAGAUGCCACCUGCUUUGAUGUGGAGAAAGAGACACAUUGGCGCUUUUUGGCAGCCUCGACAGCCCUCUUUGCGGCAAUGCUGGGUGCUGUGCCACAGAAGCAAGAAGGUGACAACAGCUGGUGCCAGGAGUUCAAGAGGAAAGCCUGGGCUGCAGCAUUGGUGCAGAAGCUGAAAGUCCCCGAGUAUGUGGCUGGUGGAGUGAAUACAGAUGGCGACGCCACGGCGGGCGGCGUGACGUCAGGCGUGAAGGCGGACUCCAAGGCCAUUCUGCAAGGACUUUUGCAGCAGCUUCAGGGAUUUGCAGGACAGCCUCUGCCUGCCCUGGAAGAGGCAGAUUUCGAGAAGGACGAUGAUUUCAACUAUCACAUCGAUUUCAUCACUCGGUGUGCAAACCUCCGAGCUGACAACUAUCACAUCACCAAUUCGGAUUUUCACAAGGUGAAACUGGUGGCUGGACGCAUUGUACCAGCCAUUGCCACCACCACUGCAGCGGUUUGUGGUUUGGUGAUGCUUGAGCUUUUCAAGCUGCUUCAGGGAAAGAACACGGAUGGCUUCCGCACUCGACAGAUCGGGCUUGCCGUGAACACUUACACAUCCUUCGAAGCUCAGGAGCCUCGGUCUUUCUCCUCAGGCGUUGAGAAGAAAGUGCCACGCGCAGAAGAGUUGCCUCCCGAUGCUUUCGACGAUGCAGGAAAAAUCAAGGCAGAGUAUGUCCUUGAAGAAGCCUAUGCUUCUUACCCGGAGAAGCAUAGCGUGUGGGACAAGCUCUCGGUGCCCACAGGCACAAUGACACUGGAGGGCUUCAAAGAUUGGUUGGCAAAGGAGCAUAAGCUGAAGCUUCGCAAUUGGAGCUUCGUCUUGGGCUGGAAGAGAGUUGUGGAUGAGGAGAACAAGGAAAUGCGGGUACCGGUCUCCUCGCAGAUCUACCCACCCCCAGUGUCCAUCGAUGCAAAGCUCUUGCCACCUUUGACGGAUGGACAGGCUGAUGCCAUGAAGAAGAUCCAGGCUUCAGCUGCCAUACCGCCAGCUCAAAAGAUGAAGUAUGUGAGUGAGUGGCAAAAAGCCAAGAAAUCCGGAAAACUGCCAGAGAGUACAGGGCAGGAGAUCAGACCUGAGAUGACCCUGAAGGACAUCCUGGCUUUGAUGGAGGUCAAGGCCGAGAAGGCACUUCAGGAUGGUUCCAUCUACCCGAAGUGGGGGAAGGCGAUCUCGGACCUCGCUGGCCGAAGGUUUUGGGUCAUCCCUUCAGAUCAAACACCAGACUGUGCCACGAUGGAUGCAGAACCCUUGGACGUGCGAUACAUGGCUCGCAUCGAGGUGCCCCUGACAUGA